AUGGACUAUCGCCUUGAUCUUUCCGUCACCCAGGCAAACCAGCUCGCUCGCUGUUUCAGUGCCGCCAUUGCUUCUAUUGUUACACCUGCAACCGAUUUGGCCAUUGCAAGGCAAAUCCAGGACGUCGAUCUCCUUGACAACUCAACAUGGGCUCAAAUCUGGAAUUGGAACAAAGACCUCCCCCAUCUGGUUGAAAAGUCCAUCCAAGAACUCGUCGCGCAUCAAGUUGAGGUGCAGCCAACAAGACCCGCGGUCUGCGCAUGGGAUGGCGAGUUGUCCUACGCCGAACUUGACAACAUCAGCACACGACUGGCUUGGCAUUUGGUGAUCAAUUUGGAUGUACAGCCAGGCAUCUCCUUAAUCCCUGUCUGUUUCGAAAAAUCCAUGUGGAUUGUCGUUACAAUCAUGGCAGUGCUCAAAGCUGGUGCGGCAUUUGUGCCUAUCGAUCCAACACAAGCUCCCGAGCGUCGGGAGAAGUUGCUUGGCGAACUCGAUGCUAAACUGGUCCUCACAUCGACAAAAUAUUCACAAAUUCCCUUCGGCGAAGGCCGCGCCGUCGUCUCAAUUGACCGGAUAAUGCUUAACCAGUUGGCAGAUCAAACGAUCGCGGAUGUAACCCUUACGAACUGUGACCGAGACGCGCCAUGCUACGUACUCUUUACGUCAGGUAGCACGGGUUUGCCAAAAGGAGUCACACUGCAACAUCAAGCUGUGGCCACAAGCUGCUAUCAUCAUGGCACAGCAAUAGGGUUCUCCCAAACCUCGCGUGUUUUCCAAUUCAGUGCCUACACAUUCGACGCGUGCAUCAUGGAAAUAAUCACGACACUCAUCUUUGGAGGUUGUGUUUGUAUCCCUUCGAGCGAUGACCGUAUGGACGAUAUUCCUGGCUCACUUAGUACAUUACGGGCCAACAUGACUUUCCUGACGCCUACGGUGGCCAAUCUCAUCGACCCACGAGAUGUUCCAUCGCUUGAGACCAUUAUUCUUGGUGGCGAAGCAACCACGACCGAAGACUUUGUCCGAUGGAGACAUUUGAAAAGGGUGCUCAACGGGUACGGUCCAACGGAAUGUACUGUGUUCUGUCUCAUGAACUCUACAGAAGAGAAUUACAAUUUACGCGGCCGCAUUGGACGCGCAGUUGGCUCGGUGAGCUGGAUUGCAAACCCUGAGGACCCCACGAAGCUACUUCCGAUUGGAGCAGUAGGGGAGCUGCUCAUCGAAGGCCAUGGCCUGGCCAAGGGAUAUCUCAACGACGCUGAACGAACCUCGAGAUCCUUUAUUGACGGUCCACGAUGGCUCACCCGCGCGGGACGCUCAGGGCGGUUAUACAGGACAGGCGACCUCGCACGAUACGAUGCGCACGGCGGCGUGAUCUAUCUCGGACGCGCAGAUACACAGGUCAAGAUUCGUGGUCAGAGAGUUGAGCUCAAGGAGAUUGAGCUCCAGCUAUCUGCCACUCUUCCGCAAGCGCAGCAAGUGGUUGCAGAGAUCCUUUCGGAACCUGGGGAGGAGGCCAAAGCAAUCUUAGCUUCAUUUGUUGUCUCCACCGCCGCAGCUCAUGAGAGGACAGAGGUGAUCAGUUCUUUCGAAAACACACCUGAUACCGACGAGCAGCUGGCGAGGCGUCUUCCCUCAUAUAUGAUACCAAGUACUUGGUUCUUCAUUUCGCAGCUUCCCCUGACUACAUCAGGCAAAACCGACAGACAGAAGCUGCGCAAAGUGGGUUCUGCCUACCUAAAAUUGCACCCGGAAUCCUUGAAAACCUCAUUAAAGACUCAAAAGCGGGCUCCGGAGACAGAACAUGGAAAGCUGCUACGCCAGCUCUGGGGAGAUGUCCUCGGCCUGACUGCUGCCGGGAUUGGCCUAGAUGACGAUUUCUUCCGACUUGGAGGCGACUCCAUUGCCGCGAUGAAACUGGCAAGUUCGGCUCGCAAAGCCGGUAUAAAGAUUUCUGUGGCGCAAAUUUUCAAGAGCCCGGGGCUGCAGGACCUGGCCGAAUUUCUCAGACUCUCUGCUGCGUCAAGAUUUGACGAGACAUCAGAGAAGAUCGAAGUUUUGGCACCUUUCGCACUCCUUGGGAAGGCCGCAAACAUUGAUCAGUACCGUCAAGAAGCUGCCGAUAUCUGCGGCGUCGCGAGCGAUGCUAUCGAAGACAUGUAUCCUUGUACACCGAUCCAAGAAGGACUUGUGUCGCAGACGAUCAAGAAUGCAGGAGACUAUGUUUUACAGAACGUCAUGGAACUGAAUGACGAUGUUGACAUAUCGCUGUACCGCCAAAGCUGGGAAUGCGCCGUUUCCGCGAACCCGAUUCUGCGUACAAGGAUUAUCCAGCACUCCAACCAUGGCCUGCUCCAAGUUGUCAUACGCGAGAAAAUCAACUGGAGAGAAGCAAGUCACCUCCAGGAGUACCUCACAAGUGACAAGGCCGAAGGCAUGGAUCUUGGGUCCCCACUCGCACGAUACGCUCUUGUGCACAGUGACAGUGAUCGAAAGAGCUGGUUCGUUUGGACCAUCCAACAUUCAAUCUAUGACGGUGGGUCUUUGCCAUUGAUGAAGAUUCAGACUGAGAUGGCCUACCUCAAGAAGCCUUCGGCUUCGCUGCCACCUCCAAAGUUCAGCUCUUUCGUCAAGCAUAUUAUGGACCUCAACAAGGAUGAAGCAGCCCUCGGCUUCUGGAAGAAGGAACUCGCCGGGUUUGAUUCUCCAGCAUUCCCACCUCUUCCAAGCGCAGACCACCAUGCAGUAGCCGAUGCCUUAGUCGAGCGAACGUGUAUGUCGCUGCCGAGAAAUCUUGAAUGCGGUGUCACAGUAGCCGAUGCGCUUCGAGCGUCGUGGGCUCUCACAGUGAACCGCCAGACUGGCGUCGACGAUGUCGUCUUUGGGAUGACUUUCUCUGGCCGCAAUGUUCAAAUUGAUCGAAUCGAGGAACUUGUCGGACCGACCAUAGCAACCGUCCCCGUGCGUGUUCGCAUUCCUCAAGAUUCUACAGUCUUCGACUAUUUAGCCACCGUCAGAGACCAAUCGGCGGCGAUGAUGCCCUAUGAACAGACUGGCAUGCAUCAGAUUGCCACCAUCAGCCCAGAUUCUCAGCGAGCGUGUAACUUUCAGACAUUGCUUGUCAUUCAGCCGGCAGAGAGCGGUUAUGAAACCCAUGGGGAGUCUCAGCUAGGGACUUGGCACAACAACAUAAAGACGCGCGAGUUCACAACUUAUGCUAUCACUAUCGUCUGUCAGCUUGGAAAGAGUGGAGGAUUCAAGAUAAGUUGCGCCUUUGAUCCCAGGGUGGUCGCACCGUGGAGAAUGGAACGGAUUCUUGACCACUUUGUCGCUACAACACGGCGGCUUCUUGAAGCGCAGCCACAUGUUACGCUGGUGGCUAUCAGUGAACUGCCACAAGCAGAUCUUGAAGACAUCUGGGCUUGGAACGACAAGGUGCCGAUGGCGGUUGAGAGGCCUAUCCACAACGUUAUUCGAGAUCGAAUGUCUCGACAGCCGGAGUCGCUUGCAGUUGAUGCGUGGGACGGCAAGAUGACAUACGGCGAGCUGUUGGCAACUUCGGGACUGAUAGCAACCCAUCUUCAAAGUUUGGGAGUGGAAAAGGGCAGCAUUGUGCCGUUGGCUUUCGAGAAGUCGAUGUGGGCCAUUGUCGCAAUGAUGGCUGUUCUGCAAGCAUCUGCCAUCUUCGUGCCACUGGAUCCGACACAGGCUUCGGGUCGUCGUGAGCGGGUGCUGGAACAGACAGACGCCAAGCUCAUCAUUACUUCGGAGAUCUAUUCGGAACUGGAGAUUGGCAACAGAAUGUCGGCUUUGUCGGUUGGGCCAAAGCUGCUGGCCUCUUUGCAGCAAGACAUCACCAUGAUGGGAACCGACAACGAGACAGCUGACGAGGUUGACCCAAGCUCCGGUGCCUAUGUCAUCUUCACCUCGGGCAGCACAGGCCAGCCUAAGGGAGUGCUCGUGUCCCACUGCGCCAUCAGCUCAAGCACCUACUACCAUGGAUCCUUCAUCGGCCUGCGCACCAGCGCCCGCUUCCUCCAGUUCGCAGCAUACACAUUCGAUGCUUCCAUUGCCGAGAUCCUGACGACUCUUACCUUUGGCGGUUGUGUGUGCGUUCCGUCACAAGAUGAGUUGCUUGGCGAUCUUGCGGGCGCGAUACAAUCGUUCUCUGUCAAUGUCGCUCUCCUCACCCCGUCAGUGACGAGAACGCUACGGCCCAGCGCCGUACCCACCCUGAAGACCUUGCUCUUGGGCGGAGAGGCUGUCCUACAAUCCGACAUUGAGUGCUGGACGCCCACUGUCGAGACUGUCAUCAAUCUUUAUGGUCCCACAGAGUGCGCCGUCAUUUGCUGUGGUGGGCGACUGGAGAAAGCCCAGGUCGCCAACAAGCUCACAGCUGGACAGCUAGGCAAGGCAAUUGGGUCCGCAACCUGGAUUGUUGAUCCGAACAAUGGCGAUAAAUUGAUGCCCGUUGGUGCCAUUGGCGAGCUUGUCAUCGAAGGGCCAAUCCUAGCACAGUGCUACAUUGGCGACACAGAACGCACCGAUGCCUCCUUCGUUCAAGAUCCUGCAUGGCUUGCCAACAGAAGAGGCGGCAGGGUAUACAAGACUGGCGAUUUGGUGCGGUACUGCCGUGAUGGUAGUCUAUCCUAUAUCGGUCGCAAGGACAAUCAGGCGAAGAUCCGUGGCCAGCGACUAGAGGUAGCAGAGGUCGAGUUCCAUGUGCAGGCGUGCAUGACCAAUACCAGGCAGUUGGUUGUUGAGGUCAUCACCAUCGGCGACGCUCCGAACCCUGUGCUCGCUGCCUUCGCUGUCGCUGUACCUCGCGAGGCCAACCACAUUGUCACUGACGAUUUUGGGACGCGACUUUUUCAAGCAACAGCAGACAUUGAGGAAAGUCUGUCCACAAAACUCCCUAGCUACAUGAUACCAACACUCUGGUUCAGCAUGGACAGAAUCCCGCUCAACGCGUCUGGAAAAUCUGAUCGGAGGAGGUUGCGCGAGCUGGGCGCUAAUUGCUACUUGGCCGAUGUCCUCAGCGGACAACAUGACGAGAAGCGACCAAGCAAGGCAGUGCCGACGACUGAAGAUGAACGCUUGCUACAGAGCGCCUGGGCGCGCGUUCUUAACAUUAAUUCUUCGACAAUUGGACUCGACGACAGUUUCCUGCGUUUAGGGGGAGACUCCAUCACAGCCAUGCAGGUGUCAUCCGCGCUGCGCGCAUCGUCACUCCACAUUCCUGUUGCCACAAUUCUCAAGAAAAAAACCAUCAGGCGAAUCCUCGAGGCCUUGAUGAUCCAACAGACCGCAACAUCCGUCGACCCAGCUGCGUAUUCUAGCGCUAUUAUCGCUCGCGACAAUGCGAUGCCUGGCGAGCUCUUCGAGCUCAGCCCCAUCCAGCAGGUCUUUUUCGGGCAUCAGCUGAAUCCUCACGUCCAGUUCGAUCAGUGCUUCUUUCUGAGGGUCUCUUUGCCAUUGAGCCACCAUGAACUGCUGCAGGCGCUUGAUGUCAUCGUAGCAACUCACUCUAUGCUGCGAUCCCGCUUCCUCAAGGACUCGAAUGGUUCAUGCAGCAAUACAUCCUGCCCGAGUCCAGAAACUCGUACAGCAUGCAAUUUGCAGGCGAUUUGGAUGACGGCGGAGUGCUGA